AUGGCAGCUAAAAUUCUCACGUCAGAAGUAGAUAGUCCCGCAUUACUAGAACAAUUACAGGCAAGGGUAUUGCCCAGAAACCUUCGUCAACGUAGCGGAUUUCUGCAUAUGCCCAUCAACCGUUCAGAUUUCACGAAGAAUUCUCCUAUUCAAUCGAUGUGUGCAACCUUCAAUGAGUUCUUCCAUCUGUUCGAGUUCAACGAGUCGUCAUCGGUGUUCAAACAAAAGCUGCUUAAGUUACUUAACUCAUCUAUUAGUGGCAAACGAACAACAGAAUCAUCGUUCCGUCAACCGGACGACGAGGUUCCCCGCGGUGAAGUACCAUCUCCGCAGAUCUCCGUCAGUGUAAGGCCACCGGAACCGGAAUCGAUUGUUCAGCCAUUCACCUGCUACUACGAAGAUAAAUGGUACCGCGAAAAGGAACAAUUCCAGUCCGGCUACAAGGGCUGUGCCACCUGCCAGUGUCGAAACAGUCAAGUUAUUUGCGAUGAAGCUGAUUGUCCGAAAAUCAAAACUGAUAUAAAUGUGGAAGUCAUUCCGCCAUCUACAACUACAACCACAACAACGACGACUACUACUGCAGCCCCUGAAUUUGAUGCCUCAGAAGUGGGCAGUCAACUGCCACCAGGUCCAGCGGGACACCCCGGAACACCAGGUGAAGCUGGAGCACCCGGCAUUCCAGGUACACCUGGAGUACCCGGUCUUCCUGGCCCUCCAGGUCCGCCGCCAGAUUUGACCUUCUAUACACAGCAGCUGCAAGAUUCAAUGGCUGGCUCGGAUAAAGGCCCUGGGCCUGAUAACUUUCAGUUCAUGCAGGCUCAAGUUGGACCUGCGGGACCACGCGGACCUCCUGGUCCUUCGGGUGUUUCAGGACCUCAAGGCUUUCAGGGAACGAGAGGAGAACCAGGUGAGCCAGGCCCACCAGGUAUUUCCGGACCUCCAGGUGUUCGAGGCCUUCCUGGUCCGCCCGGUAAAGAUGGUGUCGCUGGAGAAGAUGGAGAAGCAGGCCCUCAAGGACUCGUAGGUCAGCCUGGCCCUCGUGGACUGCCGGGAUUACCCGGAGUACCUGGAAUUAAAGGACACCAGGGCUUUGCUGGGUUGGAUGGUCCUAAAGGGGAGCAAGGAGCUUCUGGUGAAAAAGGAUCUGUUGGGUCCUCUGGUCCUAUUGGUGCUCCCGGACCAAUUGGAUCCGCUGGUCCAAGAGGCGAACGAGGUCGUGAAGGUCCUCCUGGGCCACCUGGUUUACGAGGAAUCGACGGAAUUGCUGGGCCACCCGGACAGCCGGGACCUGUAGGCAAACCUGGUCCACCUGGUUUCCCCGGUACUCCUGGAAACAAGGGUGACAUGGGGGGACAAGGCCCUAAAGGCAGUCAAGGUCCGCAAGGACCACGAGGUGAAUCAGGCCGACCGGGACAAUCAGGAGAACCUGGACUGAAUGGUCCUCCAGGAAAAGAUGGGGCAGCAGGUGAGAAAGGAUCAGUAGGUCAACCAGGAAUAGCGGGACCACCAGGAUUCCCAGGACCGAGAGGAUCACCCGGUGCUAAUGGAAGUCCUGGAGAAGCGGGAGUAAAGGGUGAACCAGGACUGCCAGGAGAAAGAGGUUACAAAGGAGAAGCCGGUAUAAAAGGUGAAGGUGGAGUACCUGGUCCACGUGGGCUUCCUGGAGCAGUAGGGCCGGAAGGAAAGCGCGGUAAAAGAGGAAUGAAAGGCCCUACCGGGCUAGCUGGUCCCCAAGGCGAACGAGGUUUACCAGGUAUACCUGGUUUACCCGGACCCGAUGGCGCUCAGGGUAUAAAAGGUCAAAGUGGAGACAGAGGAGCGAUGGGUCCACAAGGUAACAAAGGCUCCACAGGAGACCCUGGUGCUCCAGGACCACCCGGUAUACAAGGACUUCGUGGUGUGCCAGGAAGACCAGGUUCCCAAGGAAAAGCCGGUGCUCCAGGAGAGCGAGGCUUGCCCGGAGCUGAUGGAAAAGUUGGAGAACCAGGCCAUCAAGGUUUGCAAGGUCUUCCUGGCCCAAUUGGUUUGCCAGGAGAUAAAGGCUUCCCUGGAGAACCUGGCAAAGAUGGAGAUAUUGGAUCUCCGGGAACACCUGGACCACGUGGUGAUGCUGGUAAAGACGGACCACCUGGCGUUGCAGGUCCUCCAGGACCCCCCGGAAAUGAUGGUGACCGUGGUCCACCAGGGCCAGCCGGACCAAGAGGUUUCCAAGGUCUGCCGGGAACACCGGGUAAUCCAGGGGCACAAGGAAAAGACGGGCAAACUGGUCAACCUGGGUCUGCAGGGCUAGCUGGUCAAACCGGUGCCAGAGGAGAACGCGGUUUUCCGGGCGAAAGAGGACCAGUCGGUACACCCGGUACACCAGGAUUACGUGGAGAACCUGGCUCUCAAGGAAACGAUGGUCCCCCUGGUUCUCCUGGACCAGCUGGUAUGAAGGGUCAUCAAGGAGCACCAGGUAUGAUCGGUAUGCCAGGUUUAAGAGGCCUACCAGGGCCAGCUGGUGAAAAAGGAGAACGAGGGGCAGCGGGACCGGUUGGACCAGAAGGCGCAGCAGGUAGAACAGGAGAACGAGGUCUUCAAGGACCAAUGGGACCAACAGGUCCUCCAGGUGAACCAGCUGAAAAGGGUGAACCAGGAACUCCUGGAAUUCCCGGUGAACCAGGAGCUCCUGGAUCUGUUGGAGAGCGUGGACCAGUGGGCCCCCAGGGAUUGCAAGGUUUUCCAGGACCACAAGGACCGGUUGGUUUACCUGGCUCUAAAGGCGAUCGUGGAGCCAUGGGAUUAAAGGGAGAACAAGGUAUCAGUGGCAAUCCUGGAAUACCAGGAGAACCUGGCCCACAAGGCCUUAUAGGAUUAACCGGCAGUAAAGGAUCUCGUGGUGAAGCCGGAUUACGUGGCGAGAUCGGAGUUAUGGGAAGCCCUGGAAGGCCUGGUGAUCCUGGUGCAGCUGGACAACCCGGUAAUCAAGGACCACCUGGCCCGGCUGGAUUACAUGGACAAAAAGGCAACGCUGGUGACACAGGAAGGCCUGGAAAUCCUGGACCUCAAGGAUUGCCCGGACAGCCUGGACCAGAAGGCAUAAAAGGCGCAGCUGGUAGUGACGGUCCGGCCGGUCCACCUGGAAACCACGGUCCUCAAGGAGCCCCGGGAGAUCGUGGAAUGCCAGGUUUACCUGGACCAAGUGGACAAUCGGGUGCGCGAGGUCUUCGGGGAGCAGCAGGUGAGCCUGGUCAGGCUGGCAAACCUGGCCAUGAUGGACCUCCCGGUCCUGCAGGAGCUGCUGGGCCUCCUGGACUGCCAGGGCCUGCAGGAGAUCCAGGUCAUGAAGGACCGCCAGGAAAACAAGGACCCGCAGGUAUUGCUGGACGAACUGGUGACAAGGGACCGGUUGGUGCACCUGGGUCGCAGGGAAUGCCAGGGGCUCCAGGUUUACCAGGUCCGCAAGGCCCACAAGGUCUUAUUGGUCUGACAGGAGAGCGGGGACUUCGUGGAGAAACGGGAUCGCAGGGCGUGGAAGGUCCGCCAGGUCCUCGCGGUAAACCUGGUCCGCCGGGAUUGGAAGGUACCAAAGGUGAUGCAGGAGAAGCAGGCCAAAAAGGUGUGAAAGGUCAUCGCGGUCUGAUUGGUCUACAAGGACUUCCUGGCCCAGCAGGUCCACCAGGAGACAAGGGCGAUUUAGGAGCAAUCGGUCAACCCGGCAAACCUGGCGAAGCAGGACCUCGUGGCCCUCCGGGACGCGAUGGAUCACCAGGCCCCCAAGGUGUGGCUGGUAUUAUUGGACCACGUGGGCCUGCUGGAAACGAUGGAAAAGUGGGUCCUAUGGGACCGGCAGGGCCUCCUGGACCACCAGGACCACCAGGCGACGGUAUUGGUUACGACGCUGCUGCACUAGCCGCUCUUCUGGGACAUGGACAAAUGAGCAACACCAAAGGACCGGAUCCGAAUUUGGGUGAUGAACCCAUGAAGCUCAACAAAAUAUUCGAUUUAACCGACGAAGAACGUAGAAAGCUAGUUGAAACAGCUUACGAGAAACUUAAGGCAACUUUUGGAACAUUCAAAAAGCCAGAUGGCAAACAAUCAUCCCCGGCGAAAACUUGCAGAGACCUGUUUGCUGCUUACCCCGAAUUCACUUCUGGUCACUACUGGAUCGAUCCCAACGAAGGAGAUGUACGUGAUGCCAUUCUUGUGUACUGCGAUGCUCAAACGAGAAGCACUUGUGUUCUUCCUCAACCGUUGCGAACUAAAGAACUCCAUCACAUCGGCGAUGAAAAAGAAGUUUGGCUGGGCGAAAUGGAAACUGGUAUGAAAAUCACCUACAAAGCAGAUAGCAACCAGAUUGGUUUCCUGCAACUGUUAUCAGCUUCGGCAUCACAGAAUAUAACAUACAACUGCAAAAACAGUGUGGCUUACUUUAGCAAAGACUCGAACAGCUACCGACAGAGUUUGAAACUGUUGGCAUGGAAUGAUGCCGAACUAACAGCCAAAGGACCCCAGAGGUUGCGAUAUGAUGCCAUUUUGGACGAGUGCCAGCAUCGAUUACCGACUUACGCUCAAACUAUUCUUACCUACAAGACAGAUAAACCAACGAGGCUACCAGUUAUCGAUAUUGCGGUGCGGGAUGUUGGCAAGCUAAAUCAACAGUUCUGGAUCGAAAUUGGAGCAGUUUGUUUCUACUGAAAAUGGACUAGGAAUCUAGUUAAGCUAGGUCAAACCAAAGUACUUCU